UCAUUACUAAACCCCUUGGAUCCCUCCAUUUCUCAAUAUUUCAUUUAUACCCCAAAAUGAAGUAUUCACUUUUUCUAAUCCUUUCACUCUCGUCCCUCUUCUUCACAGCACUCUCACACCCAAACCCCUUCUCCGACGGUGUAAAGCCGAAGCCGGUUCUCGACGCCGACGGCGGGAAGUUGCAGGCCGGCGUUAACUAUCUCGUCCUCCCCGUCGUCCGGGGAAGAGGCGGCGGGCUCUUGCCGGCCAACGUCAACGAUAACACAUCAUGCCCACGUGACAUCAUCCAAGAAGCCAGCGAGAUUCAGACCGGUCUGCCGGUCGUGUUGUCCCCGGUCGAUGACUCGACCGGCGCCGGUUCGGUUCCCUUGUCAACCGACAUCAACGUGAAAUUCUUCACCCCCACGGUUUGCUCCAACGAGACGGUGUGGACGGUCGGGAGGUACGACGCGCUGUCGAAGCAGUACUUUGUGGUGACCGGCGGCGUGGAAGGGAAGCCCGGGCCGGAGACGGUUGCGAACUGGUUCAAGAUAGAGAAAGUGGAGUCGGAUUACAAGUUCGUGUUCUGUCCUAGCGUGUGUACCACGUGCGAGGUUGUCUGUAAAGAUGUAGGAAUCUAUGUCGGAGCCAAAGGUACGAGGUUCUUGGCUCUGAGUGAUACUCCAUUGUUGGUUAUGUUCAAGAAGACGUUCCCAUGGGGCGCCACCACCGACUCUCCGCCGCUCCCUCCGGCGCCGGUACACCCUGCGCCUCCACCGCCUGAAGCUUCAUCGGCCGUUGCAAACUCUCUUUUCUAUGCCUCUGUCCUUUUGCCAUUUUCGUUCUUGCUCUCCUUUUUCUAGGUUAUUUUGUUUUAAAUCCCUAGUACUGUACGUUUUUCGUUUGUGUGUUUUUUUUGGUUUUGUGGUUUUGGACUUUUGGUCACCUUAGUCAGGUGCCGCACUGUCGCUAGUGUUUUCUGUGACCUGAUAUGGAUGAAUAAUGCAAACGUUUUAGCGGUUUUGCAUUGCUAUA